AUGCCUCUCCACGCAGAAUCAGCAUUACCUUCAUUUAAUUCAAUGGAACUAGAUGUAUUCGAAAAAUCCUCAUUUGAAACUGAACUAUUCGACCCUCUAGAAAUAGACAUUUACACUGCUUGCAAAGGUUUAUUACUGAAAAUUGAAAGAAUUCGUCAAUCAAAUCAGUUUGAUGUGCUGGAAAACUUUUGCAACUUCCUAAACGCUUUUUUAAUAAAUGAAGACUGUCAUGAUUCUGUGAUAAAACCACUUUCGACACGUGAACUAUUGAAUUGCUUAUCAGAUCUACUUUUACACCCACUGCUUACUUUACCAAUCGCGGAACUAUUUCGUCCGAUCUUGCUCGAUCUAGUUUCUCGUUGGUUAUUACCUCGAGAAACUAUGCAAAUUUCCACCUUUGACAAAUUUGAGGUUUACUCUCGAAUUGACAACGUCGCUUUUGCUUUCAGUCAAUUGUUACCUAUAGCUCCCCAAUUGUUGAGGCAAGUUUUGAAUUUGGCUGUUACACUCUUUUCCCGAUCUCCCUCAAUAUUUUCAGGACUUGACUCUUUGAAUCAAAAUGAAUGUAAUAAAGAUAAAUAUAUGACGGAAAAAGAUAUACAAUCCCUUUUAAUCACAGCAUAUCGACUUUUAAGAUUUUCCACGACCACUUUUUCUCGUUUAUGGGAUUGGUCUACGCUCACUCAAUUGUUAACACAUCCGAAUAAAGCUAUUCGUUAUCUAACCUUGUGUUGUUUGGGAAUUGUUUUUGGUAUGAGUGAUGAACAAAAGGAAAGGGCGCAUAGUAUAUGGGUUGGUCCAAAAAUUGAUCCGAUUUUGAUAGAUUGGGAAAAUGGCGAAACACUAGACGUUCGGAUGUUAACUAUUUUGGACCAAGUGAUACAUUAUAAGCAACAGUUUAAUCUGCUCCAAAAUGAUUAUGGCAGUUCAUUAACAGGAUCGCAUAUAUUACAAGAUAAUGAUUUAUCACCGUUAACCGUCAAAAUUUCAAAGGUUUUGCUACAGAGAUUAAAUCCUUCAAUAAAUACUAUUUCAAAAGUGAAGCAACGCCUUGUGAUGACUGAUACCACGCAAAGAAAUUUAAAUGCAAUAUGUUUGGCACUUUCUAUGGGUUCUCCAAUUUUACUUGAAGGCGUUACUGGUUCAGGGAAAACGUCAUUGAUAGAAGAAAUUGCGAUUGCAACUGGACGUGAUGAAGGUGAUCAGACAGAUGCAAAAGUACUUUUGGGAACUUAUGUUUCUACGUCUACUCCAGCCGCAUUUCGUUGGCAGCCUGGGAUCCUCACAACUGCCGUGCGUGAUGGAUAUUGGGUUUUGAUUGAAGACAUAGAUCUCGCGUCAAUAGAUGUGUUGUCUAUCUUAUUUCCUCUACUUGAGACUGGUCAACUUUUCAUUCCAGACAAAGGUGAAAAAAUUCUUGCCAAGCAAGGUUUCCAAUUAUUUGCGACAAGAAAUUUAUUAUCUAACUGUGAUGGAGAAAUUUCAAAAAGGCAAAUGACCGAUUCAGAUAUUAGUAAUACACUAUGGACAAAAAUUAAUGUUCAAUCUCAGAGUAUUGAUGAACUCGAAUUUAUAAUUGCAAAUCGUUAUGAAGGUUUACGGACUUUAGUUCCCGAUAUUAUGCGUGUUUAUAAAACUAUAAUUUCCAUUUAUCAAGAUGUUAAAAUGUUUUCGUCAAAUGCACUCAAGUUUAUAUCUGCACGUGAUUUGAUGAAAUGGUGUAAGAGGAUCGAAUUUUUUUUCAGUUCAAAUGAUCUUAUGAUUGGUAGUCAAGGUCUUUCAAGCAGAGUGCGAGAAGAACUCUUCAAAGAAGCUGUGGAUUGCUUUUGCGCCAUGAUAUCCGAUCAUGAAAGUUUGAUCGUGGUGUUAGAGAGGCUCGGUGAAACUUUAGGGUUGACAGAUCAAUGGGUUCGACACUUUGUAAAUUCUUACACUCCGAACAUUAAUAUUGAUGAGAAAGGUAUCAUAAUCGGACGAGCUCAGUUCGUUUCAAUGAAUCGUAAAAAAUAUACAAACAUUAAACGUGAAUCGCAGAAACAACGGUUUGCCAACACAGGACAUGCUUUAAAAUUGCUGGAACAGAUUGCAGUAUGUGUUCUUCUAUGCGAACCUGUCUUAUUAGUUGGUGAAACUGGAACCGGUAAAACCGCUACGAUUCAAUAUUUAGCGGAGCUUAUGCAUCAAAAUCUUAUCGUUGUUAAUUUGUCACAGCAAGGUGAUAGUAGUGAUCUUCUUGGCGGAUUUAAGCCGGUUGAUGUAAAAGCUAUAGUUGCACCAUUGAAAGAGGAAUUUAAUAAGUUAUUUGGAAAAACUUUUUCUGUGAAAAAGAAUUCUCGUUUUUUGGAAACCGUACAUAAAAUGUACGUUACCAAGAAAUAUUUUAAAUUAAUAACUUUAAUGCAAGAAGCAAUUAAAUUAGCAGGGAAAAGUUUUGACACCGAACAAAGUCAAGAUGAACGAAAGAAUUCACGAAAAGUAUCAAAUCCUGAGUUAAGAAAUCAAUGGAAAUUAUUUGACAAUUCUGUUAAGGAAUUCCAACAACAGUAUGAUCAAAUACGUAACAAUUUUGUUUUCAAAUUUGUUGAGGGUUCUUUGGCUAAUGCAGUUACAAAUGGUGAUUGGAUUCUUUUAGACGAAAUUAAUUUAGCAUCUACAGAAACAUUAGAAUGUUUAAAUGGCAUUCUUCAAGAUCCAGAAAGCUCAUUAUUAUUAAUUGAAAAAGGCGAUUCUAAGCCAAUCAUUCGUCAUCCAAAUUUUAGAAUUUUCGCAUGUAUGAAUCCUGCUACUGAUGUGGGUAAGCGAGAUCUUCCACCGGGAUUGCGCAGCCGGUUUUCGGAGUUUUAUGUUAGUUCUCCUGAUAGUAGACGGGAUGACUUGUUGUGUAUUGUAAAAAAAUAUUUAUCAGGAUGUAUUCAUGGUGAAGAACGUGCAUGUGUUGAAAUCGUUGAUUUUUAUUUGGAGGUAAAGGAAUUACAACGACAACAUAAGCUCGUGGAUGGAUCAAAUCAACGACCUCAUUUUAGUAUGAGAACUCUUACUCGUGCAUUGAGUGUUGUUUCUCAAAUCACGGCGAUAUAUGGAUUAAGGCGUUCUAUUUAUGAGGGUUUCUGUAUGACAUUUUUGACGCAAUUGAAUAAAGAAAGUGAAAUAAUAAUGCAAGGACUAUUUGAAAAGUAUUUAUUAAAUGGUGUCAAUAAUCCUAAAGCUUUAACUACACAAAUCCCACGACAGCCGCCUAACGGUGAUUAUGUCCAAUUUGGAUGUUAUUGGUUAAAAAUUGGACAUUAUCCUCCAAAAGAAGUGUCACAUUAUAUAUUAACACCUUCAGUAAUAAAAAAUUUAAACAAUCUAGCGAGGGUUGUCAUGAGUAGUAAGUUUCCAGUAUUGCUUCAGGGUCCUACUUCAGCUGGAAAAACGAGUAUGAUUCAUUAUUUGGCUCAAAGAACUAAUCAUCGUUUUAUGAGAAUUAAUAACCAUGAACAUACUGAUCUUCAAGAGUAUCUUGGCAGUUAUGUUACAAAUAGUGAAGGCAAACUUGAGUACCAAGAAGGAGCACUUGUUGAAGCUGUGAGGAAAGGUUAUUGGCUCGUAUUAGACGAAUUAAAUCUUGCACCUACUGAUGUAUUAGAAGCUUUAAAUCGUCUUUUAGAUGAUAACAGGGAACUUUUUAUCCCUGAAACACAAGAAAUGAUCAAACCACAUAGUGACUUUAUGCUUUUCGCAACUCAAAAUCCAUCCGGAUUAUAUGCUGGUCGUAAAGCACUUUCUCGUGCAUUUCGUAAUCGAUUUGUUGAGAUACAUUUCAAUGAUAUUCCAGAAGAGGAAUUAGAAACUAUUAUUUCAGAAAAAUGUUCUAUUGCACCAUCUCAUUGUAAACGUAUGGUUCAAGUUUAUAAAAGACUCAUGGAACAACGUCAAAGUACGAGAAUAUUUGAGAGGCAGCAUGGAUUUAUUACAUUAAGAGAUUUAUUCCGUUGGGCCAAGAGAGGUGCAAUAGAUUAUAAAGAAUUGGCAGAACAAGGUUUCAUGCUUUUGGCAGAAAGAGUAAGAAAGCCGGACGAAAAAUUAAUCGUUAAACAAGUAUUAGAGACGGUAAUGAAGGUAACUAUUGAUGAAAAUUCCAUAUAUGAUUGCUCUAGAUUAGAAGAGUUUAAAAUGUAUCGACAAAACAAUAUUGUAUGGACAAAAGCUAUGAAGCGAUUAUUCAUGCUUGUUGCGCAAUGUUUGAGGUUUAAUGAGCCCGUCUUAUUAAUCGGGGAAACUGGAUGUGGCAAAACAUCAGUGUGUCAAGUGUUGGCUGAAGCUCGACACACAGGCUUAUAUAUUUUAAAUUGUCAUCACAGCACUGAAACCGCGGAUUUGUUAGGUGGGCAAAGACCGUUAAGAAAUCGAGAUAUUUUGAAUUCUGAGCUUAAACAUGAUAUCUCAGAGUACCUGAAAAGUUAUGAAGAGCACGAUAUUGAUUUGGAAAAUAUUGACUUAUGUAGCUUGGUUAGGCGUCUUGAUCUCGUUUGUAAAGAUGAACAGAGCUUACAUAUUGAUAAAGAUAAAGCUAAACACUUAUCGUCGAGAUAUAAACAAUCUUGUAGUACAUUAUUUGAAUGGAAUGAUGGACCACUUGUUAAGGCCAUGAAAAGUGGAUCUUUUUUUUUGUUGGAUGAGAUUUCCUUGGCAGAUGACUCUGUUAUAGAACGUCUCAAUAGUGUUCUUGAGCCCCAUCGAAGUUUGACACUACCAGAGAAAGGGGGGAAAUGUGUUGAAGAAUUAGUUGCUAAAGAAGGAUUUCAAUUUUUAGCAACCAUGAAUCCUGGAGGAGAUUAUGGUAAAAAAGAGCUGUCACCUGCUUUGAGAAACCGGUUUACAGAGAUUUGGGUCCCACCGAUAUCGAAUGAGGAAGAUUUGUUACAAGUAAUUAGUGCGCAACUUGUAAACCCUUCAAAAAAUGUUGGAUCAUCAAUUUUGGAAUUUAUAAAUUGGUUUUCUCAUAUGUAUGGUAAUCAGGGUACAAUUAUUAGUCUUAGGGAUAUUAUAUCGUGGGUAAAUUUUAUUAAUGUCACUAUUGAGCGACUUGGCCCAAAAGAAUCUUUUAUUCACGGAGGGUGUCUAGUUUUCUUGGAUGGCCUUGGAUCGAGUUCUGCAUCGCGUACAAUAUUGUCAGAACAAGCUUUAAAAGAUAUACGAAUGAAAUGUUUGACAAAACUGAAAGAAUUAAGCGCUCAUUUUUCUGGUUUUGAAUCAAUUGACAAUUUCGAUGAUUGUGAGUCAAUUAGAAUAAGUUCAACCGAAACACAUUUUGGAAUUCAUCACUUCUCAAUACCUAAAGGACCAUAUAUAUCUCAUGACAUUGCUUUUACUUUACAAGCACCCACAACUUCGGAUAAUGCCAUGAGCAUUCUUCGAGCUAUGCAAGUCCGGAAACCCAUUUUACUGGAAGGUAGUCCGGGUGCUGGUAAAACUAGUUUGAUCACAGCAUUGGCAGCAGUAUCAGGUCAGAGACUUGUUCGUAUAAAUUUAUCUGAUCAAACAGAUUUAAUAGAUUUGUUUGGUUCAGAUCUUCCUGUUGAAGGUGGAAGAAGUGGUGAAUUUGCAUGGCGAGAUGCGCCAUUUUUACAAGCAAUGAAAUCAGGGGAUUGGGUGUUAUUAGAUGAACUUAAUCUUGCAUCACAAUCUGUAUUGGAGGGUCUCAAUUCUUGUUUAGACCACCGUGAAGCGAUAUAUGUUCCAGAACUGGACAAGGAAUUCUUUUGUGCCCAAGGAUUCCGCGUUUUUGGUGCACAAAAUCCUUUGUAUCAGGGUGGUGGUAGAAAAGGCCUCCCUAGAUCAUUUAUUAAUCGAUUCACACAAGUUUAUAUUGAACAACUCACAAAUAAUGACUUACUCUUUAUAUGUAAAAGCUUAUUUCCGCGAAUAAAAGACAGCAUCUUAAAAAAAAUAAUAGAGUUUAAUACUCGAAUAAAUGAAGAUAUAAUGAUUAAAUGCCUAUAUGGCCGAAGUGGUGCCCCAUGGGAAUUCAACUUACGAGAUGUAUUACGUUGGCUUGAAUUACUUAGUAAAGAUUAUAGCCUUGGCUUUUAUUCUUCUCCUGCAGAAUAUUUAGACCUUAUCUAUCUUCAGAGGAUGAGAAAUAAACAAGAUAGAGAUUGUAUUAUUUCAGUGUUCAAUGAAAUUUUUGGCUUGAAUUAUCAGCAACAAAAACAUCCAUAUUAUCAUAUUGAUCCUAAAUUUAUUCAAGUAGGACAUUCACUUCUGGAACGUGAAGAUUCUAAUAUAAGUCAUUCUUUGACGAAUAAGCUGCAUGUUUUACAAUCUCAACUACGUCCAUUGCAAUCACUGAUGAAAUGUGUUGAAAUGAAUUGGAUGGUCAUGUUAACCGGUCCUGAGGCAUCUGGAAAAACUAAUUUAGUAAGGUUACUUUCAAACCUUACUGGGAAUCCACUUGAAGAAUUCAUGAUGAAUAAUUCUGUAGAUACUAUCGAAUUAUUAGGAGGAUUUGAACAAUUUGACUUAUCUAGGCAUCAUCAAAUAGUAAUUAAUGAGUUAUUAAAUUUGACUAAUGAGGUUACUAAAGCUAUACUUCUGAUAACACAUAUUCCAUUAUCAAAUUCUGAUUAUCAACCUGAUAAGGUUGUGCAAACUUUGAUGCAGCUUAAUCAUGUAUUAUUUACCUUAAAAAAUUAUUUCAAAUUUAAUAUGCGGUUGGAUUAUUCAUUAGUUGAUUCUUUAUUGUCAAUACUUGAACAAACCAUUUCAAGUUAUGGUUUGGCUUUAACAGUUCAAUGGAAUGCAAUCUUUGAUAAAGUUUCUAGCCUAAAGACUAAGGAAAAUGAGCCCGUUUCGGGUCUUUUUGAAUGGGUUGAUGGCAUAAUCAUUAAAGCAUUACAAAAUGGUCAUUGGUUACUAAUUGAUAAUGCUAAUCUCUGCAAUCCGUCUGUCUUCGAUAGACUUAAUUCUUUACUUGAACCAAAUGGUGUCUUAAUGGUAAAUGAGCAUAGUAUGAUUGAUGGCGAAAUCAGGAUGAUUCGCCCCCACAAAAAUUUUAGGCUUUUUAUGACCCUUAAUCCAAAAAAUGGAGAAUUGUCACGCGCAAUGCGAAACCGUGGUGUAGAAAUUGCAUUAUUAAAUACAGAAUUGAUUGAAAAUCGGCAAGAUAUGACAAAGCUUGCCAAUAGUUACGGACUUUGGCACCCUUAUUUUCCCGUUGCUAUGGAAAAUUUUAUAAGCGAAAUUAAUCAUAUAUCAUUGUCUAAUAAAUUUCAACCAACCCUAAGAUGGUAUAUCAUGGUUGUGAAAAUGGUAAAUGAAAGAAUUCAGCGUGGUGAUAACUUCUUGCGAGCUUUAAUUUUAUCGUUGCAACGAGCUUGUUAUUGCAUUGACAAUUAUAACUUUGAAGUAUAUUUCCAAGAUCUUAUGAAAACUUACGAAUUCGAUAAGAUUAAUCCUUCAUCCAACAUGUUAUUACAUUCUAAUUGUCCACUUAUUGUUGAUGGUGAUUUAUACAAGUAUGAGUCAAUUUUAGCCAAUGUUUGUUUGCAAGCUUCUUAUCUCUUACAUAUCGUUCUCAAGUGUGGGCAUGAUUCGAAAUCAUCAAAUUCAUUACUUGUGGCCAGUGAAUGUUUUAUUGAGAUGACUUCUUUAGAAGAUUUUCCUAUACGACAAUAUUGGAUUAAUUUCAUUUCCUCUGCGAUACAAUCUUCGUAUUUGUCAGACAGUAACAAGCAAAAUUCUUUGGAUUAUGCUCAAUUUCUGCUAAAUAAAAUUAUAAAUCACCCACUUGCUAUUCAACUUGCUGAUAUUAAAAGUCGAAUAGCUUGUGGAAUCGGUCUUGAUGUGUCUUAUAUGUCAUAUCAGCCUCUCGAUAUUACAAGAAAUUUUCCUUUAAUCAAUUCACUUGAUGUAUACACAUCCAAUCUUUGUGAUAACUUGAAAACUGGUCCAGUUUAUAUGUUGUGGAAAGAAUAUUCUUCAAAGAUUAAAGAAUUUUCUUUGUUAAAACACAUUCUGAGGGAUGAAUAUGUUGAAAAUAUGGCUUGUGAACAGGCCAUGCAACAAAAAGUCUCAAAUAUGACUUUGGCUCAGCAGUCGUACUGUUAUCAUCAGGGUAGAAUUUCUGAGAGCCAGCUAAGCAAUAAAAUUAUUGGGAUUAUAUAUCCCUUUUUGGAAAAAUCAAGACAAUGUAUCCUUUCUUGUAUCAAUAAAGAGUUAAAUGUUGAUGAGUCGUCUUUGUUAUUUGAUUUUAUAAACCAACGAAGAUUUUUAUGGGAAUGUUUGCAGCAGUUAUCUCUUGACAUUGGAGAGCUGUUUACAUGCACCAAAAUGCUUGAUGAAAUAACAGUUUUGUUAUAUGAUAAACACCAAGAAAUUAUGCGUCCUCUACGUGAUAUUUUGAGUACCAUGGCUGAAGCCACAGCUUUGACAACCGGAUUAUUUAUGGACAUAUUAUGGAAACAUUUUCAUCAUAUAUCUCUUAGAAAUACGGAUCUUUCUCUACUUGAACAAGAAUUAUAUUCAACUCAAAAUGAAUUGAAUAAAUAUGAUACAAAUCAAGAUGAUCCAAGCGAGCCAUUCAAUUGCAUAAUGGAUUAUUGGAGCGUUAUUUACGAGAUGCAGAUUAUCAGUCAACUUCAAUUUAUCGCUGCGCAAGAAUUUAAAUCUACAGAUGUUGAAUAUAGCACAACCCUUUGUCAAAUAUCUGAAUUUCGUGAUUUGAUGCUGAUAAAUUCAACAAGAAAACCGCUAGACCUUAUUCCACAUCAACGAAUUCUGUGGAUAUACGGAAAUGACGUCAAUGUUCCCAAGGAUAAAGCUAAAUGCCAAUUGAACAAUAUUAUUCAGGAUAUGUUAUAUGGAUGGCACAAUAAAUUAUGGAAUAAUAGCUUUAACAAUAUUAUUAUAGGCAAUGAUAUGACCAACUCAAAAUUUUCAAGGGCAAGUCUUAUGCUUUUUAGGCCUCAUGAAUUAAGUCAUACUGAAGGCUCUGCUAGGUUAUUUCAAAGCGUUUUUAGCGAAUAUUAUUUUAAAUUCACUUGUAAGGUACAAUCUGUAUCUAUAGGUUCAUUCAAUUCUGCAUUAAUUUGCCUUGAAAAUUUUGAAAAACAAAUGGGAAAUAAAUUAUUCAUUAAAAUAAAUCGAAUGAGUUCUGAUAUUGCAUGUCUUAUGCAGCACCUUAAUCAGAUUUUCAUUCCACUUGGCCAUUUUUUUUCGUCAGAGUCUUGGAAUGAAAUAUGUCGCAACUUUGAACUUAUUCUUAAUGCAACUAGAUGUUCCCCGAUUCUCCAGGCGAAUGAUACUAUUUUUAAUUCACUUUUUGCUCUGGCUGAUGCGUUGAAGACAACACAAGAUUCGUUUCUUCGUCUUGCAUUAGAUCAAUGGUUUAUUCCAGCAGUUAAUUCUAUUUCAGCCAUUUUCCAAAAAGAGCAUACAUAUAAUGAGCUGUUGGUAAAAAUUGGACGCUCAUGGGUCUUCCUUGCAUUAGGUUUUAUUACAUUAUAUGUUCCAAAUUAUCCUUUUGAUCCGACGUUGAAAGCUUCUUUUAUAUGUAAACAACUGCAAUUUAAGCAAUCCCAAUUGGAAGUUGAAAUCAAUGUCCGUGCUGACGUUGAACAGCAUAUAACCGGCGAGUCUACAAAUAAUACUAUUAAGAAUUUGAAACAAAAUUUAGAUGAAGUUAGAUCACUUUUGAAGCGUAAAUCUGUCGAGUUGGCAUUGCGUCCAGAAGUUUCUCAAAUUAACGAACUCUUUAGACAUGUACAUUACAUUUGUAAUAAUGUUAUAGAUGUAACACAUGUUUUAACACUUCUUGACGAUCUGGAAAAAGGAAACGAUUUAUCCGUUCUUGAGCGUGAAAUUUUGUUGCAAGAAAAAACUUUGCAAUUUAUUCAACGAAUAAAUCAAAAUUACCCACUCUAUCAUGAUUUACUUCAGCCAAUUUGUAUUUCUAUCUUUCAACUAAAACAUGGCAUUAGGCUGGUUGCUUCAUCUUCCAAAAGUCUAAACCUUUCACACGACUUUACAAUAUUUAAUGUAUUGAAAUGUCUUUUAUCAAUUACCAAGUUGGGGUAUCCAUUAGAGUGUAUCGAGGUACUUGUUGCACCUGAAUCCUUGAAACAAAUUAAAAAAAUAAUUUUUUCGGCAGAAUCUGUUGUUGAUCGAUGGGAUAAGUAUUUGGAAUAUAUGGUCGUCAUUCUUCGAUGUUUGUAUUGUCACAUAUCAAAGCGUGGUCACAUAAUCUCUAAAGAUUUGGAGUUUAUUCAAAGAAUAUUUGGAGAGAUAGCAGAAAUAUACGUUGCUGCUGAAGAUCAAAAAAACAAAAUUGCUUACGAAAAUGAAUGUUUAUAUAAAAAUAAAACUAAAGUGCAUUCUAGCAUUACUGACGAACAAUAUGCUGAAACGGAGUUCAGGCAAAUGUUUCCGGAUUUUAGUCAGGAUUUUGAUGAUACGAAAGAUGAUAAUAUGACGGAUGAUUCACAAUCAAAGUUGUCAGAAGUAGUAAUUGUUAAAGAUGAAAUUAUUGUAAAAAUAUGCACGCUAUAUAAAAUUUUUGUCAGUGAUUUUAAUUUAUACCGCACAAAAGGUUUUGAAUGUUGUUCAAAAGUAAUUCAGCAGACAUUCUGGGCAUCUUUUAGCAUGGCACGGGAUCUUGCUGCACUCGAUAGCAGAUUAUAUCCUGAAGAACUUGAUGAUGCAUUUGCAGCAUGCAAAUUAUUAGGCACAUCGAUAUUAAAAAAUUGGCUUGUAGGAGAGGAUGAAGUCAUAAAUACAUCUAAUUCAAUUAAUCCAGGUCUAGAAAUGUAUGACUUUUACAAAGAUCAUAACAUCUUUGAGGCAAAAAAAUUAAUUCCUGUGAUCACAAAUUUGCAGCAACGCAUUAUGGAAUUGAUCACAAUAUGGCCUGAACACGCAGUACUUCACCAAAUUAAUAACAUUUGCGAGAAGAUUAAAGGAUUCAAUUUAAAUUCACCUAUUGUAAAAUUCCUUACAGGAUUAGAAUUUUUAUUACAAAAAACAGAUGAUUGGGAAGCGUAUGCUGGUAGAGAUACAUCAAUUAAGUCACAUCAGAAAGAGAUUAUUGAGCUUAUUAUUCAAUGGAGACAACUUGAAUUGAAUUGUUGGCCAAAGUUAUUGGCAGUGCAAGAUAAAUAUUAUGAAUUAUCCGCAUCUAAAUGGUGGUUCCACCUUUUUAACUGUAUAAUUCUACCCAUACAUGAUCUUAGUAAACAAUCAUAUGCUUACGAUAAAACAACUGCAAUAUUUCAACAGCACAUAAAUGGAAUUGUUUGCACUCUUGAUCAAUUCUUACAAUCGUCAAAAUAUGGUGACUAUAAAUCUCGGCUCGAAUUGAUUCGUUCAUUCUACGAACACCUUUGUACACUUGAUCAUUAUUCAAAAUUUAAUUUACAUGAUAAUUCAAGUGAGGAAAUAUAUAAGUCGCUUUAUGAACAAGCAGCUGAUGUUCUUUGGAAUGUCUACAAAUAUUAUUCACAGUUUCUUGGUGAACUUGACAAUGCAUUAAUUAACAUGCGCAAGCCUAUAGAAAAAGACCUCUUCCAAUUCGUAAAGAUUGCUAGUUGGAAAGACAUAAAUAUUUAUGCUUUAAAGCAGAGUGCUCAGAAAACUCAUCGACAUUUAUCUAAAUGUAUUCGAAAAUAUCGAGACGUGCUCGAUAAGCCUGUCACAGAUAUUAUAGCAUCUUGUCAAAUGGAUUCCUCCAAGAGCCAGUUAGGAUGUAACAGUUCCAAUGCUGCUGAGUAUUCUGCAUCCGAUUUCCCGGAAAAUUGGGUUUCGAAUACUAAUCCUAUUGAUCCACCCGCAACGACAUUAGAACUACAAAUAACAUUAAGCAAAGAAGUAUUACCUGCUCCUGACCGAUUCAUUAACAUAGAUAAAACCUUGAAAAAAUUCCGCUAUUAUUGUCUUAAUGAUAUACUCUUAUGCAAGCCCUUUUAUAAGAAAUUUAUUCUUGAUGAUUUUGCUACAGAAAUUAUUUCACAAAUAAAAACACUUCAAGAACAAACGAAUUGCAUAACGGAUAAAGAUAAAAGAAACUACAUCAAGAAUCUCAAAUUGGUAAAGAAAAAAUCAUUGGUUGAUCUUUUAAAAGAGCUGAAAAGAAUCGGAUUGCAUGUAUUCCCCAAUGCAAAGGUUAUAAAGCAACAACAAGAUCUGGUUGGUUAUACUUUUCAGCUCCCCAGGAUUCAAAUUACUAGAUCAUUAUAUGAAACAGUAGAUUCUUUGCUCUAUAAAGACAAGCACACUUCGAAACUUCCAACAACUAUGCAUAUUUUCAUACCAAUUUUACAAAAGGCUGAUGAUUAUUAUUAUAGAAUUAUUGCACAAAUGACACACCUCCGACAAAUAGCUACUGCUCAUUCUAAGGAUCUUUCACUUCAAGAAGUGCAAAAAGGAUUAGGUUUUGCAGAAGAUUUGCUAUGUUUACUAAUAGAAGAAAGAAAAUUCUUGUGUGAAUUAGAAAAGGAAUACAUUGGGCUUUCGGGAGUUAUGAUACAGUUAAGCUCAAUACAUUCAGCAUACAGUUCCCAUCGUUUAAAUGUUAAAGAAUCUGUUAAAGAUUGUGGAUUUGUGUCUCUCAAUUCUCUCGACGUAAAGAGUGUACGGAAUAUCAAAGAGCUUAUAGAUGAUAUAGAAUACUUGUUAUCACAUUCAUGUUUAUUAUUUGACAUUCAUAAGAAAUUCUCAAAACAUGAAAUUUCUUCCGAAUAUGAGGAGAUUAGUCAUAAUCUCGGUAAUUGGUUCGAGAAAAUCUUUGCAGUUCGGAAAGAAUUUAUUUGUAUAUUUGACAGGAUCGUUUUAUAUCCUGCUUAUGCCAAUGGAAGAGAUGCAAUUAUAACUCAGGACAUUAUAAAAAUGGUAAAAGAUGAUAUUCAUGUUAUUAAUACUUUGCAUAUAUAUGUUAAAGAUCUUUGUUCUCGACAUCCGGAUCUUUCACACAUUUUUCAGCCACUUUGUGAAUAUAUAACUUCAAAAAAUAAUCUCUUUCAAUUUUCGAAACAAGAUUAUGCGCAGCUAAACUUAGAUGAUGGAACAAAGUUAAUUCUUGGACAAAUUGUUUAUAAAGUAAACGAUUUGCUUGAUGGGAUCCUCCUAAAUAUUCAAAAUUUACGAAAACUGUCCGUUCAAAACAUCAAUAGUGUCAAUAGCAAUAGUGAGCAAAACAUCAAUAGUGAGCAAAACGACAUUCAUCAUCAAAAUCAAGAAGACAUGUGUGACGGCUAUAUCCGUUAUGAGCAUGAACGUUAUAUAAACUUUUUAAAGAAACUGCAAUUAAAAGUUAUUUUGGAUCAUUUCAAAGAAAUUCAUUCACAACUUUCUGAAUUAAUGGACGAUAAUAGAUUUAAUAAUGAUGAUUGUAAGGAUUUAAUUUCAUGUCUACUGCAAAGAAUCUUUCCAUUUAUUCAGCAAUACUUUAUGAUCGUUAAUGGUUUUAUGAUAAAUUUUGUUUUUCACAAUAAAUCUUUGUGUAAGCUCUCGUUGGUACUUUGUAACUCUUUUGUCACUAUAUUCACAAAAGGAUUCUGCAUGCCAGAAACGGAAAUAGAAGAUGAUGAAUCAGGAGAGAUUGAUGAUAAUGCACAGGGAACUGGUAUUGGUGAGGGCGAUGGUAUGAAAGAUGUGAGUGACGAGAUUGUCAAUGAAGAGCAAGUAUUGGGAACUCAGAAUCAGUCUGAACAAAAGUCAUCAGAUGACCUAACUAAUCCAAACACAGAAAAUGACGGAAUUGAAAUGGAAAAUGAUUUUGAAGGGACGAUGGAAAACAUAGAACAACCUUAUAAUACGGAUUCAUCUAAGGAAGACGAUGACUUGUCGAAUUUGGAUGAGCAAGUUGGUAAUUUUGAUGAUGACGACGACCAAAACGUUGAUGAAAAAAUGUGGGGAGAUGAUGCGCCUGAUCAUGAUGAAAGUGGAAAAAAUGUUGAUCAAAAUCAUAAACAGUCUGACCUAAAAGAUGAAAUGGAUAUCGUUGCAAAAGAAAAUUGUAAUGAUUCUAAACAAGAAUCGCAUCAGCCCAAACAGUCAGACGAACAAAAUAUGAGUGAAGCGGAUGAAGAAACUUCAAAUGAACAAAAUGAUAACGAAUGCGAUGGGCAGAUCAAUAAUCAAACUAAUAUUGAAUUCGAUGUCCCUCCAGUUGAAAAUUUAGAUCUUCCAAAUAAUAUGAAUAUAGACGAUUUUGGAGAUGAAUUUGACGAUCAAGACGAUGGAAAUCUUAGUAAUGAAGGUCUUGAUGAUCAUGAUGUAGAUAACCUUGACAAUGAAGAUGAUCUUCCUUCCAACAUGGAUAUAGAUGUACCCGAACCUGACACGAUCCAAGAAUCUUUUAUGAAUGAUCAAGAUGAUAAUAAGUCUAUUGAUUCAUUGGUAACUGAGAUUAUGAUGGAUGAACCGGAUGGCAUUAAUGACAUGGAUGAUAUGCGACCUGAAAAUGAAAAUGAAAUUGAGGAACAAUUAGAAAAAAAUAAUUACGAUCCAUUAACAGAGUCUAACCAAAAUAUAGUUCCUAUUAAUAACGAUCAAUCGGAAAGUAUUGAAAGAGAAAAUAAUCCUGAUGAAUCAUUCAAUAAAGAACAUCCAAAUUCAGAAAUAACUGUUGAUAAUACUUAUGGUAUUGACGGACAAUCAGGUAAAAUGACUGAUGUCUCAGAAGAAAGGUCCUAUAAAGACUCACGAGUUGCAAAUAAGAACAAUAAUAAACAUGAUGAUAAUCCUAUGAAUGAUAUCUACCCAAAUAACAAUGGAAAUGAUAACGAUUUGGAUAAAAAUUUUGAAUUUAUAGAAGAUGAAAAUGUUGCUCACGAUCUUCAUAAAAAUUUUGAAUUUAUAAAAGAUGAAAAUGUUGCUCACGAUCUUCAGGUGAUGGCAGCGGCUACUGAAGAUCAAAUAAAAACGAUUGAUACCAACGGUGACGAUCACCAAACUUGUAAUCACAAACCUACUUAUGAAGAUAAAGAAAUCGAAGAAGUUGAUGAAUUCACCAGUAUUCAAAAUGACAAAUCCAUUUAUGAUGACUCAACCUCUAUUAAUAAAGAAGAAAUCUCUAUUAAUAAAGAAGAAAUCUCUAUUAAUAAAGAAGAAAUUUCUAUUAAUAAAGAAGAAAUCUCAAAGGAGAUAUUAAUUUCUGAACAAGACAGAGAACACCAGAUUGAUAAGCAAAAACAUUCUUACGACGAAUCCGAAAUAAAAACUAUGAGUAAAUCCAGUUCGUUCCAAGAACAUUUUCCUCCAGAGGAUAUUGAUAGUUUACGACAAGAACUUGAAAUUAAAUUAUCGGAAUGGCGAAAAUCCGACCGGGAUAUUACCAAAGCAAGGGAACUCUGGCGAAAAUACGAAAAUCUUACUUACGAUUUGGCUAAUAAUCUUUGUGAACAAUUGCGACUAAUUCUAGAGCCUACUCUUGCUGCCAAAUUAAAAGGAGAUUAUCGUACUGGAAAAAGGCUUAAUAUGAAAAAGAUUAUACCAUAUAUUGCCAGUAAUUUUAGAAAGGACAAAAUUUGGCUUCGUCGCACAAAACUAAGCAAACGACAAUAUCAAGUUAUGAUAGCAGUCGAUGAUUCAAAAUCAAUGAGUGAAACUCAUUCGAUUCAACUCGCUUAUGAGACAUUAGCAUUGAUAUCUAAAGCAUUAUCGCAGCUCGAAGUUGGUGACAUUUCCAUUGUUAGUUUUGGAGAAAGGGUGCAAUUACUUCAUCCCUUUGAUCAACCAUUUAGCAGUGAAGCAGGAGCACAAGUUUUACAUCAAUUUACAUUUGAACAAAAUAAGACCUACGUUAGAUCUUUAAUGGAAACAUCUAUCGAACUUUUAGAACGUGCCAGAAGCAAAUAUAAUGGUGUAUCACAGAAAAAAGGGUUAUGGCAACUUCAACUAAUAAUAUCAGAUGGUGUAUGUGAAGAUCAUGAAACUCUCAAGUCUCUUGUUAGAAAAGCAACUGAGGCACAAAUAAUGGUUGUAUUUAUAAUUGUUGAUAAAAAAUCAGAAAAUGAUUCUAUAACAUCGAUGAAUCAAGUCAAGUAUAAAUCAGUAAAUGGGCUAAUGACACUUAGUAUGGAAAGAUAUCUAAAUACAUUUCCAUUUGAAUAUUAUGUAAUCUUAAGAAAUAUCAAUGCAUUACCAGAAAUUCUUGCUGAUACACUAAGGCAAUAUUUUAGCAUUAUUAUUAUGGCAGAAGAAUCAUCUAUAGCGGAAAUCAACAAAACCGUAAAAUUAAUUAUCUAUGGCAGAAGUUAUCAAAACCGAAAAAUCGUCUAUGGCGAAAGUUCACAAAACCGAAGAAUCAUCUAUAGAGAAAGUCACUAG